AUGACUCACUGGUUUCACCGUAACCCCUUAAAGGCAACUGCUCCGGUGUCCUUUAACUUCUAUGGAGUGGCUUCCACCCAAGCAGCAUCAAAGAUAUGCAGUGAUCUCAGAAGUACAAGAGCACGUAUGCUGGAACUUUUCACAGAUGCCACCUGUAACCCUGAUAUGAUGAAGAAUGCAGCAGAUGCCUAUUUCUCCUUGCUGCUCGGUUUUAUUAAUUCACUGGAUGGUGGAACACAAGACAACAAGCUGCGAUACAUCCAGAACUUCAAGUGGACCGACACCCUGCAGGGCAACGUUCCGAGUUCUCAGCAAGAUGCCGUCUUUGAGCUGAUCUCCAUGGCAUUUAACGUGGCUCUCUGGUAUACCAAAUAUGCUCCUCCCGGCAGGCUGGGAGGGAAGACAUCACAGAAGAUGAGGCAAAAACAGUUCACAAAAGUCUGAAGGUCGCAGCAGGCAUUUUCAAGCACUUGAAGGAAAGUCACAUCCCAAAACUUAUUACGCCAGCAGAAAAGGGUCGGGAUUUGGAGAGUCGGGUGAUUGAUGCUUAUAUCACCCAGUGUCAGGCAGAAGCACAAGAAGUGACCAUUGCUCGAGCCAUUGAAUUAAAGCACAAUCCAAGUCUGAUAGCCGCUUUGGCCCAGGAAACUGCCAAUUUCUAUCAGAGAGUUGAUCACACCCUCUCCAGCCUGGAUCCAGUUUAUAUUGCCAAGUGGAGGAGCUACACCCAGCUGAAAAUGUGCUUUUAUAUGGCCUAUGCAUACUGCUAUCACGGUCAGACAUUGCUGUCCAGUGACAAGUGUGGAGAGGCAAUCAGGUCCCUGCAGGAAGCUGAGAAGCUUUACGGUAAAGCAGAAGCUUUGUGUAAGGAUUAUGGGCAGACAAAGGGCCCUGGAACCACAGCCAAACCCUCCGGACAUUUGUUCUUUAGGAAGCUGGGGUCACAGGUGAAGACUACGCUAGAGAAGUGCCAGCGGGAGAAUGGAUUCAUCUAUUUCCAGAAGGUCCCAACAGAGUUACCGGAAAUGGAGCUAAAGGCCAAUUAUGGCCUGGUGGAACCUGUGCCAUUCGAAUUCCCUGCAAUGAGCCCGCUGUGGACCCCAGAGACACAAGCCGGCUUCGACCUGACCAAAAGGCCAAAAGAUGAUGGUGCUAAACCCAAGAAAGAAGAGGAGGUAAAGCCAAUCAAGGAGCCUGACAUAAAACCACAGAAGGACAGUGGAUGUCAGAUCUCCUAA